UAAAUUAGUAAAGCAAAAUAAUGAAAAUGUCACCUUUUUAUCUAUUCUCAUCACUAAAGUAGGCAACUUUUCUACUUUCUGUCGUUAUUAGUUUCUCUAUUUACAGUGGCUGUAGAAAUCUUGACACAUUCAUUGACUGAGAGCUACAUGAAUUGUGUAUGAGAGUAUAAAUUACAGGUCAAAAUUUAGUUUAGGUUAAUAUUUUUUAACCAAAGUCAUUCAGGAAUUAGGGCUUAGAAGAGAAAGGAAAAUGAGAAUCAACCUAGGUUGAGAAACUUUACCCUGAAUUUAAUUUUGACCUGUAACAUAAUUAUACCUGUAGACAAUGGUAAUGAUACAGUUAAUGGCACAUUUCUCUUGCUCUGUCAGGUACUUAAGAUUCUCUAGUAAACAUUGCUGGGCUGAAUUAAGCUCUCAAGUCCCAUUUUUGUGUUAUUAUUUAACUUGAAAUGGCCACAGUGUGUCUGAGAAAAAACCCUAAACACUUUUAGGUCUUAAACAAUCUGUUCAAGUUAUUAUUAUAUCAAAAUCUCUGUGUGCUUUUUUUUGUAGCUUUAAAAUCUCGUGUUGCACCCACACCUAAGUCUUUAGCAGCUGGUACCAGACAGCCACGCCCUGCUCAUAUUCCAGCACAUCUUCCACCACUUCCUGACCCACAUUCUUACAUUAAAACGCCGGUAGGUUGUUUUAAUAAUUUUAGUACAAAAUGGCUGUUUUCACACUAGAGAUGGACCAUCCGUCUCACACAGGUUAUCUGUUAGAUAAUUUGCAUCAGAUGGAUAAUUCUUCUUAAUGUGAAAAUGGAAUGGUUAAUCUAUCUGACCUUAUCUAUCUCUUUAUCCAUCAAUUUUGAUGGUUUUUGAAGAGAUGGAUAAUCCAUCUCUAGUUCGAAAACAGCUAAUGGUUUACAUUUAAAUAGAUUAUGAUGGUUAAUAUGCUGGUGCAUAUACACUGUACAUGAAUUUGAGUAGAAUCAAGUCAAGUUAGGUCAAGUAACUUUAUUUGAACUUAACCCCGACGACGACGGCCAGCAGUGAAAACAUCUUUAAUAAAAAUGAAUGAAUUUGAGGUCUUUCAAACCCAUUUACCUUGUCAGGUGUAGGCAAAUUUUCUUACAGCUUAAAUUAUUUAAUAUAAUUUGAGGGACUGCAUUCAAGAUGAAUAAAAUAUGUCAUUGUUUGCUUACAUCCUCCUUGAAAACAUUAAGUACACUGUACUUGUUACUGCCAUUGUUUUAGUUGUGUUUUUUCCCUGAUGGGAUGAGUAUGUGGUCAACUUCUAUGACUGCUGGUGACUGAGAUCACUACAAGCUAUAUCAAGCUGACUAGCUGACCGGAGCAAUAAAAUCUUUAUAAACAAAGAAGAAACUUUUUAAAAUAAUUUACAUGUAGGAAUGUGAAAUACUCUGUAUGACCUUAAAUCUGAAAUCCAAUAUGAACAAGUAUGGACAACUAAAAUCUUAAAGGGAUGGGUGGGUGAAGCAUGUUUACAUACACUCCUGUUUGGUUGAAUAAAACUGAAGAGAAUGAAAAAUGCUGAGUGAAAUUUGGGUGAUGGGUUCAGAGGGCGGCUCCUAGCCUCACUUGGUCAAGAGUGUUCUUGGCUUGUUCAGAGGGUAGGGUGGGUGGGUAGGUCAGGUAAAGCUGCCACUAACAAACUCAACUGCCUUCUCUAAAUGUCAACUGAGCUUUUUCACAGCCCCAGAUGCUGCUGGUGUACUUGAAGAGGAUUUUCCAUUCAUUUUGUUUUACUGAUGCAUUUAGUGGAAUUUAUUACUUAACCGUAUUUUGGAUAAAAUUAAUUGUAUAGUUGUCAUAAUUACUUGGCAAAACAUCAAAUUCUGAUUGCUUUUCUGGCUUAUUCAUACAAGGUGGCUGUCUAACUAUCAACUUGUUUGCGAAAUGUUUUCUUACUGAGUUGAAAUAAAGGUCAUCCUUUGAAUACUGUUUUCGUGUCAGGCUUUCAGGCAGUCUAGUAAAGAAUACCAAGCUGUUCGAGAGAAGUAUGCUUCACAAAGAAAAGAUAUUGAGGAAGGAUUAUCCAAGUAAGAUCAACAGUGUAGUCAUUCUUAUAUAAAGAGUAAGCUUGGUGCAUGCACUUUUUGCUGUCUGACAGCUGGUUUGAGACAAUUUCCCUUUCUCACUAUGUUGUUUUAUUUUGUAAUCCAUUAAGUUAAGACUAGCGUAUGGAAUUCUUAUUUCCGUAGAGAAUGCUUGGUUGACAAUAACACUGUAGAAAUGGGUACUUUUUAAAUGUCUGGAUUGUGUAUCUGAGACAGGACUCUUAAGCUCGGAACAUGAACACUGUAUCUUUAUACUGUCGCUGUGAUUAUCCGGUGUAAGUAGGGUUAACCCAAUUGUUUACAAAGAUGAAGGUCCCUGAUGCGUUCUCAGGGGCCAAACCAGCACUCAAGGUCCUAAAGCUCAAGGAACUGUCUUUCUCUGCAAAUUGUUAAACCUUCCCUAGGUAUGGAAUUAUCUGAGGAAUAGGGUGUUUCCUUGUGGCCCUGUUUUUUUGCUUAUUAUUAACAAUUCUCUCAAUUAGCUCUUCGAUAAGUUGAUUGCUUCACGUACAUAACACUUUAUUUGAUUACACAGAUUUUUAGCCAAGACAGCGGAACUCAGCUCUGGGAUCUGCGAGGGAUUAGAUGCACCGUCUUUUCCAUGUAAGUAAAUUCUGACCGGAUCUUUUUGGUUCUAAACUGUAAAAGUCUUCAAUAAGUUUUUUAGGAUUCCUGAUAAACCAGACAUUCCACUUUGAACGUUCAACUCAGGUCAAAAUACACUUUUAGGGUCGACUGUUUUUGAAAAUCAACAGUGUUAAAAAUCCUGAUUGUGUUUUAACGUUUCAUCGGGAUUAAUAUAGUAAGAAGAUUGCUUGAUACGAGUGUUUUACGGUCUGCAAAGCCCGUGAUAAAAAAAAAAAAACAACAACAACAAAAAAACAAUAGUAAUGUAAAUACAAAAGGUUGCAAAUGUAUGAACGCGUUGCUUUAUGCAUAAGUAUGUAGUCUACUUUAUUUCAAAGAGUAGUAGUAGGGUUAGAUGGUAGUAGAUCUCCAUGCUGUGCCACUCAAACCUUGCUUUUGGCGAGAAGAAAAGCAUAAAUAGUUAAAUUCACGCCUUAUCUAGUCGUUCUCAGUAAUUCGUCCCCGCUACCACCACUUUGUUCUCUGUUCCUUUGACGAAAAAGGCUCUUGGUUCGGUUUUAGGCCCUAGCUGAGUGAUACCCUAUUUAAUAUACGUGUAUAUCAAUAAUAAAUACUGUAUGUAUAGCAAUUAUAAAAUUAUAUGUACUCUCCUUUCUCUCUCCCUUUUUCUUUUUCCUUCUUAUGUAUCAAUUUUGUUAAAUGUAAAUGUGUUCUCAAUAAAGCCCUAUGGAUUUAAAAAAGAAAAAACUGUCCGUGCAGUACCAAUUCUAGUUAUUUUCAGUAAUUUGUUCUCGUUCUUUUGCUUUUCUUCAGUACUUGUGAAUGAGUCACCCGUGUUGCCUUACUUGCCAGCGGUUGGAGAUCUCGAUGAAGUUGAACUUCCAGAGCAAGACUCAGCGCUUAGAGAAUCACAGUCAAGUGGAACGUUACCCACAAAUGCGCUAAGCACGGAAUCUUUUAAUAAUGACAAUCCUUACAUGCGGCCGGCCAAGAGGAUACGCAAGACAUUAAAACCAAGCUGAUGUUAUUUAAAGCCAGUUUUGUCAUAACUGGCGUGCUAGUGAAUUAAGAAUUCGCCCCAUGUGAGGGAAUCUGGGUAAUCUUUGCUUGUGGAAAUCUGGAAUCCUGGGCUUUGGAGUCCGGAAUACUGCUCAAAGAAUCUGGGAUCCUACUAAUGAAAUUUAACUCCGGUUAGUAACGUCUGCGAAGCUGUGCCGAUAUCCUUGCCCUGGGCCCCCAGCGGACUGAGCAAAUUACCGAUAGUGCGUUUCAAAUUUCCUUUCAUCUUAACUGACAAAUUUACAAUGCCUUUGGUUAACAGGUCAAUCAUGGUGUGUUCUCAAAACCUGGUACACAGUUGGGGUCCCAGAACAAGGAUUUCGGCGCUGCGUUGCAGACGGACUUAACCAGAGUUGAGUUUUGUCUGUGACGUAGGCUAACUAACGAUUGGAAUCCGGAAUCAGAGUCCCACUAACAAAGAUGGAAUCCAAUACCUGGAAUCCGGAGUCCACGUGCGGAACCCAGAAUCCAAGACUGUCUUGGCUUCCCUUACAUGGGGCGAAAGAAUAUUUCUUUUUUAAGUAAGAAGAUAGUUGGAUUUUAUUGUUAUUUUCUUUUAUGCCGUGUUGAAAACCAUCGAACGAAUCGUACUGAAGCAAUGUGAAAUGUGAACUCAUUACCUGUGGUUUCAAAACCGGGUGGGUGUUUACCAUUGCGUUCUCUUCGUUAUCAAAGGGAUCUUGUACCCAAGAAAUAUUCACUAUCAUGAAAUAGUGGAAUAAAUUGCUCUUUUUAAGUACUUCGCAUAUGUCUGGGUUGUCUUUUCCUUCUAUAUUUCGUCAUAUUUAACUGCAUUGUAAGUACUUUAGUUUGGUGAACUUUUAAUCAUGAGGGCACUUUGUGAUGGCUAUCAUAAAGAUCGUGCAUCGCAUUAGCGUUCCAUCCUAGACGUCUCUGGUGUUGUCUACAAAAAACAGGUCAUGUUUUUUUUUAUUACGUAACAUACACUCCUGCUAUUUUCUUCAACUUUCAAGUGAAACGUGACGGCCGUGAGUCAAACAGAGCGACCAAUCUAAGCCCCCCACCCAGACUAAAAAUGACAGACAAAACAAAACCAACAAAGUAAAGUCUAUAUAAUGCCACCCCCCUUUCUCCCCCCCCCAAAUGAAAAAAUAUAGCCUUUUGGCGAAAGGUUGAAAACGCGAUCAUUUUACAGAUUAGAAAAAAUACUACAGCCACUCCUCCCUCCCAAGAAGGUUACCCCCUCUAAAAAAAGUCCAGUCAGGUCCAGCCCAGUCCAGUCCAGUCCCGAUUCUAGUCCAAUCCAGUCCAGAGUCCAGUCCAGCUUUUCCAUGUGGCCGACAUGACGUGUUGUAUGAACUCGAUCUGAUCACCAGUGACGCGUGCAUUUCAUGUGCCAACAUUACGCGCAUAUACGGCAUGACAUUCAGAUGAUUAGGUUUGAAUAAAAUGCUUGGUCCUCGUUGUGAACAUGACUUGAACCCCUAGCAGCCUCCCCCGGUUUCCCUGAACCUUUUCCAAACAAACAAAGUGAAACAAAUAAGCAAAUAAAAAAAAAGGACCUGCAGCCUGUUUGAUUCUCCGUUGUUCAUUCCUUGGGACAACGUCUGUGGACAGGCUAAACAAAGGGCAUUUCUCUGAAAUUGAACUUGCAGUGAGAUUUCUGCCAAACUUCACCUAUUGACUGUUAUUUCAUAGGAACUGAAAAGUUGAAACAAAGCGGGGCUUCCGUACAUCGCCUUGUAUGUACUCAGUAAAUAGACAAUAAAUUCCUUAUUAGGAAAAUGCCAAAAAAUUACCGUAAAAUAUAGCCGUUUGCGGACCCUCUACAGUAAAUGUCAAAUCCAUCACUCUGAGUGUCAUUUUUUUUUCGAAGUCAAUUUUUUUUAUUUCUUGUCGGCAAGGUACAAUCACUUUUCUUUAUAGAGGAAACUCUUAAGGUGUUAAGGUGACGUAUUUGUUUUAUAUUAUUUACCAAACGAACAAAAGAAAAGAAGACAUCAAGAAGCAACAACUGUCAUUGUUGUCCUCCAAUUGUAGGGGAGGGACGUGACCGCUUGUACCCGCUUGGACACGCGACUUCUUGAAUUGAUGAGUCGCAUGAGGAACGUUGCGUGACGAGACAAAAACGGCUGCGUAGAAGGCUAGAUUUGCAGAGAACACGUUUAACCAAAGACGAAUCAACCACCCAACAUUGGUUAAAAAUCAGGUAAAAUAUUUCACUUACACAUUUCAGUUCAUUUCAAGAUUCCAUUCAGCUCUUUACGUGUCACAGCGGCAGAAAGAGGCAAAGGUUGUGUACAGUUGAAUCCGCCAUAGGAUAAUUACGUUGACCAUAUCAAUUUCUGUACGAUUUUAACUAGUUUGGGCUAGUUGUUAGUUUAAGGAUCAGUAAUAACAGGCUAUUAGUAUUCAGGAAAAGGCAACUUACUUUAUUUAAGUAUCAUUAUUGUACUGCAUGCAGUACAAGCUAUUUAGCAGAUAAAUCUGAGAUCUCAUUGUUGCGACUGUUAUGUUUGUCUACUUCAUUUACCCAACAUGCUUAAUUCUCACGGUCUAGCAGUAAACGAUGCGAUUUACACGAGCCCAGACAUCAUUCAAAUAAGUAAAAAUAGCGAAUUUUCGCUUCGACAACGAGAGCCAGAGUUCUUGGUAAAGGAAAUGCGCGCAGUUAAUUUUGGAAGCACAUGCCAGAUGCAAUCUACAAUAUACUAGCUGAGGCCCAGUUCAAACGUCGAAUUUCACAUGUGCCGAAUUUAAUUGCUAUUUUAGUCGACUAAAAUAGUUAAGUACGGCAUUUGAUUCAAACGUCGAAUUUAACUCACUGAACUCUGUCGAAUUUAACUCUCUUCGCUGUCAAUAUUCCCUGUAAUAUAAUAAUAAUUUACUAAAAUUCAUUUAUUAUGUUCGGCACAUGUGAAAUGCGACGUUUGAAUCAAAAGUCGAACCUAAGUCGAAUCUUCGACUGUUUCAGUCGCAGAUACGGCAAACGUUACAUUUAAUUUAAACAGUCGAAUUUAAUUGAUUCAAACGUCGCACUUCACAUGCAUUUAACUCUCGCGUUAAGUUCGGCACAUGUGAAAUUCGACGUUUGAACCGGGCCUGAGUCAAUCAACAUUUUUGUCAUGGGAGAAAGCGAGGUGAAAGGUGGGUAGCCCAGAGGCCCCAGUCACGUAUUUUAAUGACGGGGGGGUUCGACGGAUUUUUUUGGGUUUGACAUUUUGGCCAAAAGGAAUUUUUUUGGGUCUAUGAAAGACGCCGGGAUUUUUUUGAGUCGCGAAAACAACAGAGGGAUUUUUUGGCAUAUUGUAUUUUUAUAGUUUAUAGUUUUGUUUUUGACCAAAACCAAAGUUGAAGUUUGCAUGUUUUAGCUUUCCAGAAGAUAAAUAAUAAAAUUUGCUGAUGCAAAAACACUGAGGGAUUUUUUUGGGUAUGCUAAAAAAAGUAGGGAUUUUUUUGGGUAGACAAAUUCUGAAGUUGGAUUUUUUUGGGUAUAAAAUAUGAACCUCUGUCGGACCCCCCCGUCAUUAAAAUAUGUGAGUUGGGGCCCCUGGGGUGGGUAGUAGGUGUUGUGCAAGGAAAACAGUAAAAAACGAUGAAAUGUUUUUGGGAAACUUAUUUACUCUAAGAGCCCACUGCUCCAUGUGUGCUGUAUUAAGUUAACCCUUUUCCAUACCACGGAGUUGAUACGUGUGCCACAGUGCUUUCUUUGCACUUUUAUUUUUAGUCUGUGUUUAGAGCUCUUAUUUCCCGUGAACGUUCGGACGCACCCAGAACCACAAAACAUGAAAGAAUAAAAAAGUAAAUGAUGACUUUGUUCCUUCUCGGUCAGUUCAUGGAAAUUAUUACCCCUGUUCUCAUUUUAUACUAUCAGGGAAUACUUUUUACCAGUUGCCAGCUGAUAUGGAGUUCAUGCAGCGGUUUGAUCAACGAUAAGUGCUAGAUCAUGGAAUACAAUCCUCAAUACGUUUCUGCGUCCCAGUCCCGUGCCCUCUGUUCACAGUAGGGACCGUAAGGGCCUCUGGGGGCCCAAGGUAGAUGUGAUAACCCGCUCAAGUGGGGUAAAAAAUAAACUGGUCUGGCAGACUGGGCAAGAGGCGAGUCACCCCACAUAUCAUGUAAACGAAAAUAAGAGAAUGUAUGGACAGGCGGAUUACCCUAGCUAAGCGGGUUACCUCACCUAACUGGGGUCCGUCACCUCCACGUAAACAGGCCCUAAAACUAUAACUUUUUCACUUUCUCGUUGAACAUGAUUUAGAAAGCAUUUUUUUGGUUACAUUAACUGUAUCAGCACUGAAUCACACUAUCAACAAAGCGGUAUGGCCAGUACCUUACGCAUGCGUACAACCGUAUCACGCGGGUAGUGGCAGCCAUGAACAGCAGUCUUACACUUUGGGCUCAUCAUCAUGGCAUACCCGUCUGACGGAUUAACGCCAUACCGUGGAAUUGGUAGGUGUGCGUCAGCGCUGAAACUGGUAUUUUUGUAGUUACCCCUACCCACUCAUUUUAUACACCAUGCAUUUCGUCUGAUCCCCCCUCUAAAGCCAUUUUUUUGUCAUGGACCCCCUUCAAAUCCCACCCACCAUGGCCCCGCCCCACCUUAUAAAAAAUGAAAGGUGUCUGAAGUGUCUAAUCACUUGUAACUUUCGACCCUGGCCUCUGUCAACAGGCGGCCCAAGCUCGGUGCAUAAAUUACCGCAUGUUUUGAUACUGUUUUGCAUAUUACGAGCGAUUAUAGACUUUGUAUAAGAAAUUCAAUGUACAAAUUUUAUAUAUGGAUUUUUUUAUUUUUUGAACUGCAGAUAAAAAUACAAAAGUAUGAUGAUCAAUGAACGACCUAAAAGUGGUUGAAAAAGGAACCUGACAAAAUUCAGGCUUGACCAGAAAUAGAACCCUGGCCUUUUUCCACCAAAAUGAGGCCCGAAGUACCGAAAAAAUUUUUUUUCGAGACCGGGCCCCCCCUUUUUUAAGGAUCUGGAUGACCGGACCCCCCCCCCUUAUCUCAAGGUCUUGAUCCGGCACUGCUUAACUUGCCCUAAGGAUUUGGUUUACAUUUAUACCAUAUUUUUUGAAAUCUAUAUUAAAUUUCUCAUACAACGUCUAUACAUCGUAUAUAAAAAGGUUUCAAAACAUACUGUAAUUUAUGCGCCAAGUUUGCACCACUUUGAUUUGUCAUUUUAAGGAUUGAGCAAGUAUGGGAGAUGCAGGCUUACGUUUUUGUUUGAAAUCGUCAGGUUCUACAAUGCCUAGCAGAUUCCAAGGCCGACUAUCGCCCUUAGCGAGAGAGGCAUUGGCAGAGGUUAUGGCUACGUUCAUCUUGGUGGUUAGUACUCACUCAUCCUCGAAGACCCACGGGCAGAUAAUGGGGGCGAGGAAAAGUCUAAACGGGCGGAAAAAUAUGGCACGAAGAAAAGUAAAGAACGACGAGAAGAGCCCUUGGGGACAAUGACUUACCAGACCAGUUCCAAACGGUCGCCGCCGUUCUGCCUUCUGAUUGGUGCCAGAAAACUUUUGUGUUUUUCUGCCCAAUCAGAAGGCAGAACGGCGGCGACCGUUUGGAACUGGUCUGAUAAGACAUUGUCCCCAGGGGCUCUUCUCGCCGUUCUUUACUUUUCUUCCAUUCUCGUCCCCAGAGCCACUCGGCUCAAUUUGUAACAGACCAGUGGCGAACCCCUCGUUUCCCUACCACGUGACCAAGAAACGACGGGCUCUGGGGACGAGAAUGCUUUUCUUCGUGCCAUAUUUUUCAGCCCGUUUAGACUUUCCCUCGCCCCCACUAUCUGCCCCUUGGUCUCCGAGGAUGGUACUCACUAUAAUGAACGUUUCAAUUUCAUUUGGAUUGAUCUAUUGUUCUUCUAAGUGAGAAGCACCUACUUUUUAUUAUUUUCCUCCCAGUCUUUUGGCGUCGGCUCAGUAGCCCAGAAGGUUCUUAGCCGGGGGGCGUUUGGAACGUUCUUUUCUAUCAACUUCGGCUGGGGGAUCGGAGUUACACUUGGAUGUUACUGGGCUGGCGGAAUAUCGGGUAGGUAUUUUCAGUUCUAAUUCAACAUGGGUUUCUUGCUUCCUAGAAAAGAAACUUUUCUCCGCUUUGUGUAUAAAUGGCCCGUACCGGCGACAUACUACUUGGGGAUAACCCUGCGCUGGACUCAGAAGCAUCCCAUCCAGGAAGGAGUAGAAAUAUUGCGGAUAUUCUUAGUCGCCAAUUUGUGCUACGGAAAUUAUGAUAAGCUCCGGCCUGAUGGGCCAGCUGGCUUGUAUGAAGAUCGGGUCACCAGCCUCCUAAACUAUGUUAUCUUUAGGGUUCUCAAUAAGCCAGAAAGCCUGGCUACUUCGAAUUUUGAGCCGCCUACUUUUUGGGACAAAAAGGGUAUAAGAUAAAAGGUGAGAGAGUGAACGCCUGAAAUUGCAUUCAGCAUUCGAUUGGCUAGCCACCUACUUUAACACGCUAUCAAUCGGGGACAAAAUAUUGGGAGAUAUACACUUUCCCAGAAAGGGCUUUUCUGGGCUUUUGCCGACUUAUUAGGGGAAAAUAAAGCUUUCUUUGCCCACCCCUUCCAUGCAAUGUUGAAUGUUGUGCCACUGUUCGAGCUACCUUUACGAAACAACGAUUACCCCAGCUUUGAGUGGCGGGAGGGGGAGGGGGAGGGGGAGGGGGAGGGGUGUGAAUUGUUUUGGGUUCCGAAAUUGCCUCGUUUAAGGACAGUAUCACCGAUAUGAUUUAAUCUUUGGUUAACUUAACUUAAUGUACCUUAACCCUAACUUAAUGAGAACCCAAUUUGUUCAUUGGAGUUUUUUCUUUUAGUAAAUUGUUCUCCCUCUUUAACCUUUUGUGACUUUUGCGGUGAAGAAGUGUUCACCAUGUCCUACUUUGAAUUUGAAAAACCAACCAUUUCCUGCAAGGAAGUCCUCUUGUUUGCUAUACUCAUCACUCUGUAUAAAUAAUAAAUAAAUAAGUAGUUCGCGAUAGUCAUGUUUGAGGCUUUGCUCGUGAAUGGAAUAAUUUUGUGUACUUAUACGAAAUUCGCUUAUAGUAGUAUUCUGCCCUUAUCAAUGAUUUUUUAAAACAUAUUUCAGCAUUCAUUUUUCCGUUUCUGUUUAGGUGCGCAUAUGAACCCUGCCGUGACACUGGCGUUUGCGUUUGUUCGACGCUUGGAGUGGAUCAAAGUUCCCGUAUACUGCAUCGCUCAGUUGUUUGGGGCAUUCUUAGCGUCUGCUGUCGUGUACGGAAUUUACUAUGGUAGGACCCUUCAUAUUUUGGUAUUUAUUUCUGGCAUGCUUACUUGCAGAACAUUUCUAUGGCCCUCAUUUUCCUGGAUGCGAACUCUGAAACAAGUACGGUGAACUUUGUUAGACAGUGGACAGUGGACACCCACGGGACCUUUUCUUCCCCUUGCUACUAAAGGGUGUCCGUUUAAUUUGGAGUCACUUGAAAUGUAAUUUGAUUUUAAAAAAAUACUUAAAUAUCUAAUGUAUCUUUUAGUCAGUACCCAAACAGGAAGCGUAAAUCACCCUGGCUCUCUAACUUAAAAAAUUGGUAGUAAAAUGAACCAGUCCAUCUUUUCCUCCAGAUGCUCUCAACGCAUUUGACGGUGGAGUUCGACAGAUUUUGGGCGUGAAUGGUACCGCUGGGAUAUGGGCAACCUACCCUCAAGACUUCUUAUCCACCGGAAAUGGGUUUGCUGAUCAGGUUAGUAUUAUGUAAGCUUUGCAGAAGCCAAUUCAUAAGAGUUCUAGUCAACUGCUGAAAGACGGUUAGUAGUACUUUCAUUUUGAAUUUCACUAGUUGAGAGUAGUUAAAGCCCAGCUUCGUUUGGAGGUUGAAAGCGUUGUGAGAUACAAUAUUUGCUCUAGUUAUAAUUCCUGAUGAACAUGACAGUGACGAAUCUAUGAAUCCAGUUCUUUGGAAUGGAAGCUUUAUACAAUCGUUCAAUAAUAGAUAUUUAACAAAUUGAAACCACUCGUUCUGUUAUAUUAGUUUUUUUCUUUUUGCGGGGUCCACCUCCUUUUUUGCCUGCCCGGAAUUGUCUAGUCUGCGCGACAGAGGCAAUUAAACUUCUGGCUAAGUCUGUGAGCAAGCCAGCGCCGAAAUCAUUGUUGGCUGGGAUCCCACCUGUGUACGAGGAUUUAAUUGUACACCAUGAUUGGCCUAUGAAAAAGACAUUGCUGUCUAGCCAAUCAGGUUGAAGGGAAAUACAAAACGCACUUCCGGUAUUUCGUUGAGUCCGCUGGUUUACUAAGAUAACGUCUCUGAAACUUGGGCUAGGAAUUGUCUAGAAAAGGCUUAUAUUUAAUUUGUGUUCUCAUCCUUUUUUUUGUGCUUUCAGCUAUUUGGCACUGCUCUUCUUGUCAGCUGUAUCUUAGCUAUUCUCGAUCGAAAUAACAAUUCCCCUGACCAGGGAGUGGCUCCCGUUAUGAUCGGACUGGUGGUGUUUGUCAUCGGUGCUACGUUUGGCUUCAACUGCGGUUAUGCUAUCAAUCCCGCUAGGGAUCUGGGACCAAGAAUCUUUACAGCGAUGGCUGGAUGGGGUGGUGAUGUAUUUACGUAAGUAUUGAAACUGAAGUUGUCACUACAAAAGUAACGUUAAGGAUAAAUGCUUCAUCAUGCACGCUCAGUUCUUUAGUUUCAGCUCAUUUCAGUUCGAACGCGGGCUAUUUUACAAUACAACCGAGCUGAUUGGUCGAGAUCUAUGGUCGAUAAGAGUGCAGACCUUGAAAAUGACGUCAUGAUGGUACAAUUUGUUCUGCUCUUUCUCUCGCGCGCAAUUUUCCGAAAAGAGGUUAAAAACGUUCAAUAGUUUUGUAAAAAACAAAUCGGCACCGAUUCUCCAUGGUCUAUAUGCUCUUAUCGACCAUAGAAACAUGAUAGAAAUGACGUACGAAAAAUGUUCAAAACUUGGAGUAUUGAACAAGUAUAGACCAUAAAAAUUAUGUCGAUUUGUUAACCAGGGCCGGUUUGUUCAAGGCUGGGUUAAGAUAACCCAGGGUUAGUGAGAAAUUUGAAUUCAGAUAUAAAAGCUGAAAGAGCAAAUUCAGUUUAAUUCUUUUCGUCUACAAUUUGAUGCUCAUAGAUAUGCUAAAAAGAGUAGAAAACAUUAUCCGAGGAAAUGCUGUUGAUCAAAAGAAAAAGAAAGCCGGAUUAAAAUUUAACCCUGGGUUAGCGCUAAUCGGCCUUCGAACUACUGGGCCCAGCGCGAUUCCUGGGUUCGUUACCAUUGACAACACAUAUGAUCUGUAUGUAGUUUAUCGAGGAUUAUCGCUGACUGGACUUCGAACAACUCGGCCGUCAAUCGUCUUUAUCUCACUCUCGUGCAUCUGCUGCAAACUCUGUUCCUAAAAUCUAUUACUUACACAGAGCAGUAUCUAUAAGCACCAGUGAAUAAGUCCUCAAAUAACGAUUCCAGUGAACUGUAAACGCUCUCCCGCCCCCCUCCAAAUCUACAAUGAAACGGUCCUGGGAACGCGAUUAUGGUUUUUUUUAUAUUGCAAUCACUGACAGAUUUGUAUCUGAAAGCCACCUAUCUCUUUGAAAAUAGAAAUCAUGUUUUCGUUAUGUUUAGGGUUGCUAACCACUGGGCCUGGGUACCAAUCAUAGCCUGUCUGCUUGGAGGAGUCCUGGGCGCUGUUGUUUAUAUCGUCACCAUCGAGCUUCAUCACACACUCUCUGAGAACAGCGACGAUCGUUAUUACGAGCCCAUUCAAAACUCCGACACGGCGAGAGAGGACCAACUAUAGUGAUUGUACUGAUCAUCCUUCUUUGUAUUAUUGUAUCUCGCUCUCUCCUAUAGUAAGUGGCAGUGUCGCAGCCCUUCGUUACAUAAUGUAUUAAAUUAAAAUCAAACUACAUUUUGCCAGCAUCAGCAGCAAAAGCAAAUAAAAAGUAGUGGCCAAAUUGUGUGGUACAUGGCAGUGUUUGCACAGUCAAACAUGAUUCUUCACCGUUUCCCGCAGUGUUUAAAGUGUUUUACAAAGUAGUGUACAUUUAACAAUUACUCCACGAGUGCGCGUUGGAUAUGAGAUGCUCAAAAACUCGUGAUAAGUUAUAUUUCGCUUUGAAUUCAUUAUUUUCGCUUCCAUCGUGGAAAAUCUCAAGUCACCCGUCGAAUAAUGCGACAAAGAAAUAUGUGGUACGUAACACUUUAUUGUAGCAUUGUUUUCGAGGUACAAACUCAAUGAAGGCUUCUUUACUCGUUACAGCUGAAUGCACGAAAGCUGAGCAGAGAGAAACAUUCUUCGAGACCGUUUCACUGUUAUGAACAGUUUGCAAACAGUCUGUCAUGCUUUUGAGUCGUUGAAACCUUGAAGUGAAAAAAUGCAGUGCUUCCUACCCAACUUAACAAAAUUAGAAAUAAUUAUAAAACAUUUAUAUUCGGAUUUGGCCAAACAAAGGAC